CUGUUCAGUUUACUUCGAUCGAAGCUUGUGAUCACAGCUCGACUAUCAGUGUCCCGAGUUGUUUGGUUAUUUCGUAUAAGAUUUGUUAGGGGAAAAAAUGGUUUCCAGGACUUUUCCAGUGUUCGAUUCCAUUAUCAGAGAUCUGGCCGAAAAAUUGGAAGUCGAUGACUCAUUAAUUUGUAAGGAACGAAUGAUGGAACCAAGAAAAGACCAUACAACUUCCGUCAAGGACAAGACUAUAAAAAUCUGCAGCGUUUGCGGUGAUUACGCAUCUGGAUUCCAUUACAAAUGCUGGACUUGUGAUGGCUGCAAGGGUUUCUUCCGGCGUAGUAUCUCAAAGUAUUCAACCUACACGUGUGAGAGGAAUAAUAACUGUGUCAUGGAGAAAUACUCCCGGAACCAUUGCCAGAAAUGUCGUUACGAAAAAUGCCUAGCUGUCGGAAUGGUUCCAAACGCAUCACAAGGCAGCGUACCACCACCCACGCCUACCGAUAACCCAUCGAAAUAUGUCGUGAGGGAAAGCAAUAUCACGCCAAUUUCAAAAACGACCGUCGUCAAGAGACGUUUCCCCCAACAGGUGAUCCAGCGCAAUCCCGUGAACGAGCUACUUGGUCCAAUCGUUCGUGCUUAUCGGGAGACUUUCACUCGAGUCGGACCCAGUCGGAGUAAUUCCCUGCUUCACGUAGACGACACCAAUUCUAUGGGAGUUCUUCAGAUUGGUGACCUUUUAACGCCAACUAUUACCAAAGUCAUCACGUUUGCUAAAGCCCUUCCUGGGUUUAACACUUUCUCUACAGACGACCAGAUUUGCCUAUUAGGAGGAUCGUGUAUGGAGGUUCUCUGUCUGAGAGUUGCACUGAGAUUUGAUGUUGAACGUCAAGGAUUCCAUUUGCGAGGUGAUCGUUUUCUGACUCGAGCCGAUAUUUUAGCUCGACCGGAGCUGGGAAUGUUGUCGCCACUUUUUAACUACGCUCAACGCGUAGCUGAUUUGAAAUUGGACGAAGCUGAGGCCGCCACUGUGAUGGCUACGUGGAUUCUUCAAUCAUCUAGACCUGAUUUGAAAGAACCAGAAGGUGUAGAGGUGUUCCAGGAAUCAAUUAUGAACGUGUCCAUGUCGUACGCCAAGAAUGGAGCUCACGCUUCGGACGAACUGCGGUGGCUGAAAACGCUGAUGACACGUUGUCCACCUUUGCGAGGAAUUUCUGUUUAUACUCUCCCGGAUCGAUUGGCUAUUUAUUUGUUUAUUGAACACGUUGCCACGCUACCCAUUUCUUUCAUGCACCUUUUCGAGGAAGACGAAUGAAUACUUUUGUUCUCCUUAAAAACUAUUCUUAUAUUACUUAAGCGUAGUAAUUCAGUUUUCAUUUUCAAGUCAUCCGUUUUUUUUUUCAAUUAGUUUACAUUAUCAAAUGAAGUACAGACAGUUUCAGUAACUAUAUCGAUGUUUCGUAACGAAAUAUACAAAUUAUGUCCGAUUAAA